UUUUGUUAUUGAUUGUUGAAGGAAAUUGUUGAUUUGCACUAAUGCUAAAAACGUACCCAGACUGGACUGUAACAAAAAUCACGUGUUUACUUCGCACAGCGAGGGAAAGAAAGACCAACUCGCGUUGAAACUACAACUCCCAAGUUAGUCGGUGCAACUCUGACGUCAUCUGUGCGACGGGUUUUCGCUGCGGAAACAACAGCCAUGGCGGAUGUUAUGAAUGUCGGUGUGAAUUUAGAAGCUUUUUCUCAAGCGAUUAACGCCAUCCAGGCGCUCAGGUCGAGUGUAACCAGAGUGUUUGACUCACUGAAAGAUGGAAUGAAGAAUAAGGAAACGCUUGAAGGACGAGAAAAGGUGUUUAUUACGGAUUUUCAGGACAACUUGCAGGCGGUGAAUCGUGACUUGACUGAGUUGGAGCGUCUGAGCAAUCUGGUUGGCCGGCCGUCAGAGAGUCACCCGUUACACAACAGCGGCCUACUGAGCUUAGACCCGGUGCAAGACAAAACCCCUCUGUACAGCCAGCUUCUACAGGCUUACAAAUGGUCCAACAAGUUACAGUAUCAUGCAGGCUUGGCGUCCAGCCUCUUAAACCAGCAGUCACUCAAGCGCUCGGCCAAUCAGAUAGGAGCAUCGGCGAAGAGGAGGCCGAAGGUCCAGCCCAGCACCCUCGUACUGCCCAUUCAAUACGUGGAUGAUGUGAUCUCUAGGAUUGGCCGCAUGUUUCCAGACAUGUCCAUUGAGCUCUUCCGGCCCAACGGGACAUCAGCUGUGCUUCUGGUGACCCUGGGAAAAGUGCUUAAAGCCAUCGUGGUGAUGAGGAGCCUGUUCAUCGACCGCACCAUCGUCAGAGGAUACCAUGAGAAUGUGUAUUCCGAGGAUGGCAAGCUGGACAUCUGGUCAAAGUCCAACUACCAAGUAUUUCAAAAGGUGACGGACCAUGCCACCACAGCCCUGCUGCACUACCAGCUGCCCCAGAUGCCCGAUGUGGUGGUGCGCUCCUUCAUGACCUGGCUCAGGAGUUACACCAAGCUUUUCCAGACACCAUGUCAGCGCUGUGGUAAGUUUUUGCAAGACGGCUUGCCUCCCACCUGGAGGGAUUUCCGCACCCUCGAGGCCUUCCAUGAUACCUGCAGGCAGUGAAUCCAUAAACUGUACAGGAGUGAUGAUACCCACUGGACAAGGGAUGAACAAAUACAAAAGUGUGUGUGUGUGUGUGUGUGUGUGUGUGUGUGUGUGUCUGUCUAUGACCCUGCUUGUAUUGAAAGACUUUUGAACGUACAAGUUGCAUCUAACGGGCCAAAAGGAACGACUUCAGUAGUCAGGGUCGGUCAUGACCAACAGGUUAUAUGUACAGGUAUGCCGACGACACACUCGUAUCCAGUCUCCAUGUAAUAAAGGCAGAUUUGUAUUCCAAACGUUUUGUGAAAGUUAGCCGUCCAGUCACAGGUUUCACUGGAAGAAAAAGAUGUCAGAGAUGCUUGCUAUUUCCAGUGAACAUUAACUUCCUGUGCUCAUAUCUAGUGUUUCAAACUUCCAUAAACUUGUGUCCUACUUAGUUUUCACAUAGCUUUUUUUUACCUAAAAAAAAAAAAUGCUUCGGUGAAGCACUCCAAAGCAAAAGUGUUGCAACACCGGUUUUUGUUGUUAUUGUUUGUGAGCUUUUUUGUAGUCCUGUUUAUAAAGAAAUCAUGUUUAAUAUUUCAUGAGUCACUCAAAGUAGGAAGUUUCUUUUUUUUUUCUUUUUUUUUAAUAAAACAGUCAACUGCUACAACUAGGUCAUAACUUCAUAUGUAGCCUAUUCUAUGAACACGGCGCGUUUGUGAUUGGACAGGAAUUGCGUGUGUGUGGUGGGGUUUUUUGGUUGUUGUUUUUUUUCCUUUGCGUUCCAGUUUUGAUGUAAUAAAAUCUUUUUUUUCUUUUC